AUGAAGGGACUCGUUAACGUGGUGUUGCUCAGUCAGCUAGCCGCGUAUUUCGCGGGUUUCGUGUUGUCCUUGUGUUUAUUCGUGCCGAUGACGUUACAUCUGUAUGAUUUUCGUGGAUUUUGCUUGCUUUUCUCCACUGGGACAUGGAGGGAAGAAGAUGGACAAUUUGUCGUCGACUGGGCGUCGCAGUUGUAUUGCGAUUACUGCAUCGCUGUUGGAGGAUUGCUCGCGAUAUUGUGCCUGGUCCAGAUGUAUCGGCUGAUCACGUUUCUGUACAGAGGGCUUGACAGUUCGUUCCUCUCGGCUUUCUGCGAUGUGGUCAUAAGCGUCGGAAUGGCUGUGUUGGUGCUUGCAAGUGCGGUGAUGAUCACUACGGGAUUCAAGAGUUGGUGCGACGACAUAAUGGGACGGUUUCCCUCCUGCAAUGAUGCUGCAGUGAAUCCAAUCGACAAGGCCGAUGGGAUUCAGACUUCGGGAUUUUAUGUUCAGCUUGGUACAGCCCAGUUCGGAGCAUGGGGUUCCUGGGCUGCCUGCGUGGGUAUGUCUGUAUUCGCAUUGCUGAAAGUAUGGCAGUAUCACAAGUCCGAAAACAUCAAGCUCACCAUGGCGCAGAACAGACGGCGGUUUAGGAAAGGGAAUGUAGAGGAUGCCGCGGAUAUGGACUUGAUCCGAGGCUGA